UAAUUUUAUUUAUUCUCUGAAGAUUAAGAUUUUACAGGAUAAGUUCUAUCAAUUAUUUAUUUCUAAUUGAAAACAUUUUUUGUAUUAACUUUCAAAGAAGAUAGCUUUGGAAUGCCAGAUUUGGAUUGUGAUGCAUAACCUGGAAUAUUGAAUGUAGUUGUUCACAAAUCAACGUAUUAUUUCAUAUUUUAUUUAGUUAUUCUUACAUUUAGAAGGCUUUUAACUUUUUCUAAAUGAUGUCUCUUGCAUUUGUAUUUUGGCUCUUUGGGGGAUGGGACACUAUAAUAUCAAAUUAGAUACUACUUUUUAUGUAUUUACUAGGUUUAGGAUGCUUUAGUGUUAUUCUAUUGAAUUUGCUUUAUAUUAUUAUAAGUGGAUGGAAAAAAAACAUGGUCAAACCUUCUUGA